GUUACUGACAAACCUCCAAAGAAGAAGCAGCUGUUAUUUGUGCUCUUGUGUUUUUUAUCGCUUGUCGCAGCCCUAAAUUGCAAUGCAAACCGGCUUAUUAUAAACAAAAGAUAUGGAAGACCACAACGAUCCGGAGCCCGUGCUCCACUCCAAGCACGCCAAGAACCUGCUGCGAUUUCUAAAUCUCCUGCCGGCUCGCAUGGCCUCGCAUGAUAACACCAGGAGCACCAUUGUGUUCUUUGCCGUUUGCGGUCUGGAUGUGCUCAACUCCCUACAUUUGGUGCCCCCAAAAAUGAGACAGGACAUCAUCGACUGGAUCUACGGCGGAUUAGUAGUGCCACGCGACAACGAGAAGAAUUGCGGCGGUUUCAUGGGCUGCCGCGCCAUGGUUCCUAAAAGUGAGAACGCCGAGAUCUUGGAGUGCAUGCGGAAGUAUCAAUGGGGCCACCUGGCGAUGACGUACACCAGCCUGGCAGUUCUGGUUACCUUGGGCGACGAUCUGUCCCGCUUGGAUCGCAAGAGUAUUGUAGACGGAGUGGCUGCAGUUCAGAAGGCGGAGGGCAGCUUUAGCGCCUGCAUCGAUGGCAGCGAGGAUGACAUGCGUUUCGUUUACUGCGCUGCCACUAUCUGUUACAUGCUGGACUACUGGGGCGACGUGAAUAAGGAGACAAUGUAUCAGUUUAUCCUUCGGAGCCUGCGUUACGAUUACGGCUUCAGCCAAGAGCUGGAGGGCGAAGCUCAUGGCGGCACAACAUUUUGUGCGUUGGCCGCAUUACAUCUCAGUGGGCAGCUGCAUCGUCUGGAUGCCGCGACGGUGGAGCGGAUGAAGCGCUGGCUAAUAUUCCGUCAAAUGGAUGGAUUCCAGGGACGGCCAAACAAGCCAGUCGACACCUGUUACUCUUUCUGGAUUGGUGCCUCACUAUGCAUUCUGGACAGCUUUGAGUUAACCGACUACGCCAAGACCCGGGAGUACAUUCUGAGCACACAGGACAAUUUAGUCGGAGGCUUUGCCAAGUGGCCACAGGCCACUCCUGAUCCUUUCCACACUUACUUGGGCCUCUGCGGUCUGGCCUUCACCGGAGAGCCCGGCUUGAGUCCCGUGAAUCCCAGUUUAAAUAUGUCUAUGGCCGCCUACGCCCACUUGCAGCACCUCCACGAACAGUGGCGCUCUGAAGCUGGACGGGGCGACGAACACCUCGGUUUGAGUUCCGCCCUCAAUCAGCAAUUAAGACUAGUGAAGGAUGGCGAAGCGAAAUCCACCACUGCGACUACCUCUAACUCGCCAUUGAUUCCGGCACAAUGAUGGGAAUCCGCACAAAGUUCUUGGGAUUGUUAAAGCACACUAUUGUAUUUGUAAUGGCCGUAUUUUAGCCACGCUUUUUAUAUGUAUUUUAAUGUGAAAAGCACGAGCUUUUGGAGAGAGAGGUUACUAUAUAAGUAUGUUUAUUGUACAGCCUAAAUUAAUGUUAACAAAAUGUGUAAUAUUAAGCUUAAAGGUAAAUUAAAGCGUCCCAUGCUGAGGCAUGUAUUUACAGCUUAAA